CAGCACAACAAAGUGUAAUGGAACAAGCAAAUGAGGUUCCAACUUCCAACUCCCAUCAUCACCCAUGUUCAUGUAUCACAUUCACAUCACACACAGAUUCACCCAUCUGAGUCUUCUCUCUUCUCUUCUACUCACUCCACUGUAAUCAAUCAAAUCCCCAAAUUCAGAGCCAAUGCUGAUGAAUUCCUCCGGUAAACAACCCCAGCAGCAAUCGUUCUUCUCUCUGCGAGGCUCACUCCUCACCCUCGCAAUCCUCACCCUUCUCUGCUUCACCUACCUCUCCCUCAAGUACUCCACCCCUUCACCCCAGGUCCCUAUUGCCAACCUCGUCGGAAACCCACAGGUGGUGGAGCACAACCGUGAUGACGACGACGCUGUUGAUGAUGAUGAGUUCGGCGAUGUGUAUCACUCCCCGCGUGUUUUCAAGCUUAAUUACGCGGAGAUGGUGAAGAAUUUCAAGGUUUACAUAUACCCAGAUGGGGAUCCAAAAACGUUUUACCAGACGCCGCGGAAGCUCACCGGAAAGUAUGCCAGCGAGGGCUAUUUCUUCCAGAACAUCAGGGAGAGCCGCUUCCGCACCCUCGAUCCCGAUCAGGCUCACCUCUUCUUCAUUCCCAUCUCCUGCCAUAAGAUGCGUGGCAAGGGUACAUCUUAUGAGAAUAUGACCAUAAUUGUCCAAAAUUACGUGGAGAGCUUAAUAGCGAAAUAUCCUUAUUGGAACAGAACCUUGGGUGCUGAUCACUUCUUUGUCACUUGUCAUGAUGUUGGUGUAAGGUCAACUGAAGGACUUCCAUUUCUUGUAAAGAAUUCCAUCCGAGCAGUGUGCUCCCCCAGCUAUGAUGUUGGAUUCAUUCCACACAAAGAUGUUGCUCUCCCGCAAGUAUUACAGCCGUUUGCUCUUCCAUCUGGAGGGAAUGAUAUAGAAAACAGGACUACUCUUGGAUUUUGGGCUGGUCAUCGUAACUCUAAAAUUAGAGUUAUUCUUGCUCGUGUUUGGGAAAAUGACACAGAACUUGAUAUUUCAAACAACAGAAUCAGUAGGGCUACUGGGCAUCUAGUGUACCAAAAGAGAUUUUACAGGAGUAAGUUUUGUAUAUGCCCUGGUGGAUCACAGGUUAAUAGUGCUCGAAUAGCAGACUCUAUCCAUUAUGGAUGCAUCCCUGUGAUAUUAUCAGAUUACUAUGACCUUCCUUUUAAUGAUAUUAUUAACUGGAGAAAAUUCGCUGUUGUACUCAAGGAGAGUGAUGUAUACCAGCUUAAACAAAUCCUCAAAAAUAUAUCGCAAGCUGAGUUUGUUACACUUCAUAAUAAUUUAGUAAAGGUUCAGAAACACUUCCAAUGGAAUUCGCCCCCAGUCGGAUAUGAUGCUUUUCAUAUGGUCAUGUAUGACCUCUGGUUACGCCACCACGCGAUCAAAUACUGAUAUUAAGAUACUCUUGCUUUGUAUACACCUCAUAGUUCUAGCAAACCCAGAGAGCACUGUAAAUACGUUCCGGUUUUUUAUGUAAAAUCUAGUUUUUCAAUAUUCUUGCUCCCAGAACAAUAGAACAUUUCUUUAUCAUUAUUAUUUUUUUGUGCAGUAGAGCAUUUCAUCGUUUUUAUUUGUUAUUAA